GCGGGGUCUGGGCACAGAGCGGGGCCGGAGCGGUGACACAGCGGGGACACAGCGGGAACACGGCGGGAACACGGCGGUGACUGAGGCGUGACCGAGCAGCCGCAGCCAUGUCCAUCAUGUCCUACAACGGCGGCGCCGUCAUGGCCAUGCGGGGCCGCGGCUGCGUGGCCAUCGCCGCCGACCGGCGCUUCGGCGUCCAGGCGCAGACCGUGACCACCGACUUCCAGAAGAUUUUCCCCAUGGGCCAAAGGCUCUACAUCGGCCUGGCCGGGCUGGCCACGGACGUGCAGACCGUGGCCCAGAGGCUGAAGUUUAGGCUGAACCUGUACGAGCUGAAGGAGGGGAGGCAGAUCAAGCCUCAGACCUUCAUGAGCAUGGUGUCCAACCUGCUCUACGAGAGGAGGUUUGGUCCCUACUACACGGAGCCGGUGAUCGCGGGGCUGGACCCGCUCAGCCACGAGCCCUUCAUCUGCUCCCUGGACCUCAUCGGCUGCCCCAUGGUCACCGACGAUUUCGUGGUCAGCGGCACGUGCUCCGAGCAGAUGUACGGCAUGUGCGAGUCCCUGUGGGAGCCCGACAUGGAGCCCGAGCACCUCUUCGAGACCAUCUCGCAGGCCAUGCUCAACGCCGUGGACAGGGACGCCAUCUCGGGCAUGGGCGUGGUGGUGCACGUCAUAGAGAAGGACAAGGUCACCACCAGGACGCUGAAGGCUCGCAUGGAUUAGCCCAGCCCAGCUCUGGGCCCCUCGGGAUUUUGUAAAAUAAAACAAAAACUGCCUUGGA